ACGAGCCUAGCAGUUCCGGACUGGGCGAGAUUAGCGAUCAAAUUCGGCAAGUCAUGUCAAACAUAAAGCUGAAGAGGUUCCUUCCGCCAUGGGUCUCUGCCCGAUGUGUUGUGCUCGUCAGACGACCGGAGCAGCGCGAGUUCGACCCUGCCGUGCCUGCUCCCAAAGAAUCGGAUCUUGUGUGCAAAAGGCCAUCGUCCUGACACCCCGGGGCAGUAACUCCGCGGUCAAUCUACUACAGAAUAGAGUGCGCCGAGCUACCCGCAAACUCGUGUUGUGUAUCGCCGGUGCAACACCGGAUCAACUGCCUCUCGACAUGAACUACACCCAACCUCUGUGCCGGGGCAGUUUCCAGGGCGAGGGGAACGCGAGUGGCAAGUUCUCAACGGACGGGGUUCAAGGGUAGAACUACUGCGCGUCGAUUUGGAUUUGGUCCGGAUGCUUGGUGGAUAACUGUCGGAGAAGAACUGUAGGGUAUCCACAGCCUCUCCUGGUGGCUGUUUGGUGUAACCACCGUUACCCCAAGAGU